CAAGCCAGGCCAGGCAGCAGUGUGGUGUAUAUUGUGCGCGUGAUACCAUGACUUACUUUAGCUACAUGUGAGUGUCUCCUGUAUGCCCCAAGAUGGCUAGUGUUAUGGAGGAAUUGGAAAUUAAGGAACCGACGCCAAGUCUCGCGCCCAGUCAAUACGAGAGUCCUCUCUACACGAAGAAAUGGAGAAUUGUUUUGGCUGUGCUGAUUGGUGUAACGUUGAUUGGUGUCUGUAUCCUGGGCUUCUACCUCAGUGUCAAGGCGAGAGAGGGUGACAGGACAGCUGCAGCCAUCAGUGCUUUCAACGCCUCCACAGCCCCUCCCCCGAGGUCUUCUAACGUCCGCUGGCGUCACAAGUCUAGGGACUGUCUCUCUCUCAGUGAUGACCCGUGCCCAUCAGACUAUGAAGCACAUCCUCUCCUAGUGAUUGGGAUUGAUGGCCUGCGACCAGACUCCCUUAGCGAUGACAUCACCCCCGCCAUGAACUAUCUGGCCAGGUGUGGUGUAACAGCACAGAGCCUUGUUCCCACCUACCCUACCACCACCUUCCCAAACAUGUAUUCUAUUGCUACGGGACUCUACCCAGAAAGUCAUGGCAUCAUCGGUAAUGAAAUGUAUGACCCCAUCACCAAAAAAAACUUCAAGCCUACAGAGAGCACUUCCAAGAGCUCAGCCUGGUGGCAGGGAGAACCUAUAUGGAACACAGCCACUAAACAGGGUAAAAAGUCGGCUACCUACUUCUGGGCAGGUUCUGAUGUUCUUAUACAGCAGAGGUAUCCCAUCUACUGGCAGAGGUACAAGACUAACGAGACCUUUGAAACACGAGUCACCCAGGUGUUGGACUGGUUGACACUGCCAGAAGAGGAACGGCCUCACAUCAUCAUGGUUUACUUUGAGCAGCCGAUGUUGGCCAUCCAAGAAUUCGGACCAAAUUCUCCAGAGGCAAGAAAUGGUCUGGAAAUGGUCGACAAAAUGUUGGACGAGAUCUUCGGCAGCCUUUAUCGUAGAAACUUGACUCACUGCAUCAACGUCAUCCUUGUAUCUGACCACGGAGCCGCCCAAGCUUCCUGCACCUCCUCCUUCUACCUGGAGACUUUCAUCUCUGAUAUUGAUGCCAAGGCGCACGUUUAUGCUGGUGCUGUUGGAAGAUUAAGAGCUGUGAAUGGUGGUGAAGCUGCCGAGGAAGAGAUUUUACAGACACUGAGCUGCAAGAAUCCCAGGGUCAGAGCACUGCCGAAGAGGUUACUGCCACGUAGGUACCACUACACUAAUAACCCAAGAAUCGAGAGAGUGAUCCUUGAUACUAAACCUAAUACCCGUGUGGUGACCAACUCCAAAAAUUACUGCAAGAAUGGGGAACACGGCUUCAAUAACCUCGAACCAUCUAUGCAGGCUGCUUUCAUAGGUUUUGGUCCUGAUUUUAAAGUGAACUAUUCCAGUCAUAGCUUCAGGAAUGUGGAACUAUACAAUCUUAUGUGUAAACUUGUGGACAUCACGCCAGCAGAAAAUAAUGGCACUCAGGGAAGUUUGAACCAUUUGCUGCGCCACGCCGUCCCUGUAACACCUUCAGAUGCAACGAAAGACUUAUUGUUGGAAGAAGUUGAAUCACUGCCCGAGAAACUGCCACAGAAUAAUAAAGGGGACUUGGAGACGAGAGAAGACGGCACUCAAGAGAGAUCCUGCAAGUGUUUUGUUGACAAGACUGAAGAAGUUAUACCAGAAGAAACUAGUUUAAUUAGUGACCCAGACAACAGCAACAUCACUAGUAAUGUCUCCGGCGCUAACACGACAGCCACUAAUAGUUCAGCUAGUGAUGCAAACGAUGGCGGUCAAAGCGAUAUAAACACUAGCGGUCGAAGUGCCAUGACUCAAGCCGAACGCUCCCUACUUUUAAACACCCACGCUCCCUGGGGCUCACCGGGGUUCUCUGCCCCCGACGCCAUUGAAGGCAAGCUCAAGGUACUUCUGCAUACCGGCUACGUCAUUGGUCUGCAUGAAACCCUGAACCUUGGAGUGUGGGUGAGCUUCACUGCCAACAACCAAACCAUCAUUCAGACAGAAAAGGAAAAACCGUAUUUGCCUGAAGGGAUAGAAAUCAAACCAGAGGAAAUUCGGGUCAUGGAUGAUAAGCCAUUACCAUGCUGGGAGGCAGAUGUGAGGCUGGAACGACUGCCUCAGGACCAGUGCCAGAGACUGCUGACCACAGAGGAGUACCAGGCUAAAAACAUCACACUCAUCCAACUCUUCCCUGAAGAAAUGGAAACAGAGGAGCUCCUGAUGUCAGAAGGUCACCUGCUGUCCAACAUGGCGUCAGUCAAGGUUGGCUACAAGGAGGGAGCGUACACAGCCAUGAUCAAAGCCAUAAGGUUCUGGGCCUCUACAAAGGGGGUUAUUAAUGUUGUUCUCGGCCCAGUGUUUGAUUACAAUCUAGACGGCCACCAAGAUGAAGUGACGCACGUGCUAAAUAACGUCAAGCCUCUGCUUCCUAGUGACUACUUCUUUGUGGUCACCUUAUGUGGCAACACAACCUCAGCCUCCUGCUCAAGUGAUCCACUCGAUAUCUUGGCGUUUGUUUUCCCCAACACGGAGUUCCCCGACAAUUGCCUUAUGAGUGAUGAGGAGUACCUGCAGUAUCAUUUGACCACGAUAAGGGACGUGGAACUCCUGACGGGUCUUCGUUUCUUCAGGAAUAUGUAUCUACCAGAUGCCCUGAAACAUAAGACGUAUCAACCUCUUCACAUCUGGCCUCUCUCGCCCUCUGGGCCCUCGCCAGGCCUCACGCUCAGCCAGAGGAUAGGGAAAUCAGAAGGUUCUCAAUUUGUAAAUACCAAUAACACUUGAGAACUUGUGAUGUCUCGUUCUUUACCCAAUGUUCGUCAGAUUUCUUUUCAAUUUGUAAAUAAUGACAGUGGUUAAUAUACUUGUGGUGUGUUGUUCUUUAGCUGCAGAAUUAUGUGAUAGAUUAAUAUUUGUAAAAAAAAAAUUAUCGUGUAAAUACCCCGUAGGUACUGACAAAGUGUGAAUCUUGAAUUAACUUUAGGCUGUUUAAUUAUGUAUCGUAUGUGAUUCAGUUGCCUGAUGUAAAAUGUAUACUCAGUUUCUUGACGGUUGACUAAUGUGAAGAAUAUUCUGGUAUAAAAACACACAUGACAAUAUUGUGAUACAGUAUAGACUUUUGGUUGCAUUUCGUCUCUUAUUAAGAUGAUAGAAAUUCCCCAUAACACCACUGUUUUAACCUGUCUGUCCUAAGCUCAUGUAAAUAUUUGCAUCCCUGGCCAAUGGAUUCUUUCAAAAAGAAGUAAAAAAAAAAUCAUAUUAAUAAUAACAAUAAUAAUACAUCUGUAAUAAUAAUAAUAAUUUACCUGAUAUAAUUAAUUACUUAUUAUUAAAGAAAAAUUGCGAUGGUGACAACUGAUAACAUUAUAUGGCUGAUGGCCACUUGAGGAAACUUGAAACAGGACUAAAAGGAUAAAAAGAAGUUAGUGUUGAAUAGUAGACAACUGACCUUUGACCUUUAGUAAUGAGGACCACUAUUAAUCCUUGACCAUUGACUUUUAGUAAUAGGGGGUCAAUAUUAAUCCCUGACCAUUGACCUUUAGUAAUGAGGACCACUAUUAAUCCUUGACCAUUGACCUUUAGUACUAGGGGGUCAAUAUUAAUCCCUGACCAUUGACCUCACCACUGUAAGAAAAAAUAUGCCAACAGUUUCUAGUAUUUGCGAGACAAACCUGUUGAACUGUUAGGACUUUGGUGUACAGUAAUGUAAAGAUGUGUUUUAUGUUCCUGUAUUUAUAAAUAAAAUGGUGUAAAUGUGAUGUGUGUGUACUGUACAUAUGUAAAGAUGUGCAUGAUGAUAGGUUUAGUGCCAGCAGUAAAUAAUUAGGAAGCUUGGAUUUUAUUUUAUUUUUCAUGACAAUGGUGAUGUACUAGUUAGAGGUAUGUACUACAGUAUAUAAACUAUGAUUUUUCUACUGUGUAUGAGUCUACUCUAAGUGAUGCAUGGACAGACUUCAGCAGUAACAAAGCCACCUUCGUUCUGUUUCUUUUCGGAGAGACAGUAUCAGGUGGAGAAUUCUAUGUGUACAAAUAUACACGGUGAAAAUAUUCAGACGUGAGCACAGGAAGGAGUUACAGCAUUAUGUGAGAUGAUGGCAUUUAUAAAGAGGAUUAUCCUCACCAUAGUAUUAAAAAAGGUAAACACAUAAGAUGGAUAAAUUAAACUGAGUAAAUUGUAAUAACUUGAAUGUAAAUUUCAUUAUUAUGUUGAUCUUCCUUCACUGGCGGAUUUAAGUUAAUACGUAAACUGUAAAUUGAAUCGAGUUGGGAAGUUUUGUACAAGGUUAGAGCUCCAACAGGGGGCUUUCAGUGUCACAAUGAUGUUGGCAGCUUGAAACUGUUGAUAAAUUUAACCCAACAUUACCUAAACAGUAUGUCCUUAUUUCUGUAUAAGAGGAAAUUUAAUUAUACUGUACAAUAUAAUAAAAAUAAUAGUUAAGAGGCGGGUUUUGUGGCAAGAAACCCACCAGGAAUUCGUAGUUAUUUAUGUGAGUAUUAAUUGGUCGAUGGGAACAGUGUGUCACGGUGGUUGCCACAUACACACACGCGCACACAUUCCAUAGUUUGUACACAUUGAGCCGUCAUGACAUUUAAUGUAUCUACUGAUGUUGGUGAUAAGACCCGUGUUUUACUCUGCAGUCUGACAGUGUUGGCUGGGUGUUAUUACUACGGUCUGUGAAGUUGUCCCUCUUUGUAGAUAAUAAACUUAAGAUCAAUGA